UACUUCAUCACCUAAAAACGAUUUUUUUAUAGAUUCCUUGCCACUGGUGACACCUUCUAUACCAUUGGGCAUAGCUUUCGAGUUGGCUUUACAACAGUGAGUGCAAUCGUAACCGAAGUCUGUGAAGCGAUAUGCAGACAUAUGGAGCAUAUAUAUUUACCAGAACCAACAGAGAAUAUAUGGAAAAAAUGUGCUGAAGAAUUUGAAAAUAGAUGGGGAUUUCCCAAUUGCAUUGGCAGCGUGGACGGUAAACAUGUAACAAUCAAGAGACCUAACAACAGUGGCUCCAAUUACUGGUGCUAUUUACAUAAAUAUUCAAUAGUACUUAUGGCCAAAAUUUAAUGAGUAAUUCUUUUCCUAUUUCCAUCCAAAUCUUGUCUUUCUUUCUCACAUUCCUGUAUUCAUCGUUCGACAAAUCAUACAAACAAGGAUACUUUUUCACUAU